CUCUUCGUCCAAGCUAUUGUAGAAGCAAAAUAAACCUUAAUUUUCACGACCUUCUUAACCCGGUUGAGUUACAAGUUUUUUACUUUUUUGAAAUUCGAUUUCAGCUCUCGUCUCUCUAAGCUUCCCAUGGAUUCCCGCAGUUCCUCUUCUCCUUUUGAUUCCAUCAUUUUCGAUUUAGAUGACACUCUGUACUCUUCCAACCUUGGACUCGGUGAAGCUUGCAAGAAGAACAUCGAUGAUUUUCUCGUUGAAAAAUGCGGAUUCCCAGAGAGCAAGGCGUCCGGCCUUCGCGUUGAGCUUUUCAAAAAAUACGGCAGCUCCCUCGCUGGCUUACGAGCGUUGGGGUACGACAUCGACGCCAAAGAUUACCACGACGUCGUGCAUGGAAGGCUGCCAUACGAUCGGAUCAAACCCGACCCUCAGCUCCGAGACCUCCUCCGCAGCAUCUCGCAAAGAAAAAUCAUAUUUACGAAUUCGGAUCGGAAGCACGCGGUGAAGGUGUUGGAACGUCUGGGAGUGGAGGAGUACUUCGAUCGGAUCAUAUGCUUUGAGACAAUGAACCCAAACCUUCCAAGUUCGACUCAGCCGGACGAGUUCCCGGUGGUCCUGAAGCCGUCCAUAAAGGCCAUGGAGAUCGCGCUCCGGGCUGCGGAGGUCGAUCCUCGCCGCACGCUGUUUCUCGAUGACAACGUGCGUAACGUCGCCGCGGGGAAAGCUGUUGGUCUACGCACCGUUUUGGUUGGAAAAACCGUGAAAAGCAAGGAAGCAGAUUACGUGUUAGAGAAUGUGAACAACAUGGCACAAGCAAUAUCAGAAGUAUGGGUGGGAGGAAGCGGCGCAAAGGAUGGUAGCAACCAAAGGAUCAGCCGCACCCGAAGCGACAUCGAGCUCGAUUCCGUCCUCACCGCCACAGCUGUCGGAGCUUGACGGAGUUCACUCACUCGUCCACCUUUCCAGAUGUUUUUGCUGCUGGCUUUGGUUGGAUUUGGGUUAGCCUGUUAUGCUUGGGAUGUGCUUUUGUACAUAUUUUUCUCAAUUAUGUCUAAAUGUGUUCAUAAUAUGUCAAUUAUUAUGGGUUGUGCGUAUGAGGAUAUCUUCAAGUGUAUAUUCCCAAUCCAAAGUGUAUCUAUGCAAUGUACCAGUAAAUAAUAGUCCUUUAAUUUAAGGAAAAAAGGUUUAUGUAAGCAGUGGAUUGACCUAGUAGAUAGAGUCAGUUUCCUCUUCAA